CGGAAAUUCAAUAGUUCCCACACCCACAAUAGUAGAGUCUCUUCUCGAUGAAACAGUUUGAUGAAAGUGAAAGUUACAAAUCCGAGGACAAGCGCAACAUCACGAUAUCAUAACCCACUGCCAUCAUGAUAGCCUCUCAAGUUUAUGAGGAAGAAGUCUCAAAAUUCCUGAAGAUCAAGACCAAGGUUUUGGGGGUAUUGGAAAUAUUGGUGGGAAUCGUGGCAUUUGUUUGUGUACUCUUGAAUGGGUUAUGGCCUCUUAUUGUGGCACCAGUGUUGUACAUUUUAACAGGAUUUCUAACAUUCUUGGCUGCAAGCAAGCGUAACCUGUGUCUGGUCAGAACGUCACAGACAUUCAGCUUCAUUAAUAUUUUUGUAACCACUUUCCCCUUGUUUUGGUUUGGCCUUAUUUUCUUUUUUUGGAAUGUGUCUGGCAUUGUCCUUAUGGUCAGUUGUAUUCUGGUCUUGGUUUUCUCUGUUGUUGUUGCUUCAACUUCUUGCUCAUGUUGCUACAGACCAAAGUCAAGAAGUGUUGCUGUCAGUUACAUGAGCGCUGCUGUGCAUGCCAACAGUGUGGGGCUUUUGAACCAAUCAGACCCCUCUGCUUCACCUCAUCCUGUUACUUCAAUCGUGUAUAUCCUGCCGUCUGCACCUCCACCAAACUACAGUCCGACUACAUCUGCACCUCCAACGUAUUACAGUCAAGAUUCAACUGCACCUCCAACUGACUACAAUUCAGUCCCGACUUCACCCCCACCACCUUAUGCGAGUUGUGCACUCCAGAACAAGACGAUUCAAUCAACCACCACGUGAAAUAAAAUAACAUGAAAUGGGGAGGUAAAGACCAUCUGCGUCUGGGAUUUUUCUAAGGCAAACCGUACCAACCCAGUACUACUUUUCGUAAUUUGACUGAAAUAUCCUUUCUUAACCUGUAAUGUUACAUUUUGUCAUACCUGUACAAUAAAUAACAUAAAUCCGC